AGAUUUUGUGGCUCCUUGAUAUCAAUGGUUACUUGCAACAUGCAACAGUACAGAGGGAUGGAGAUGAAAUGUAGAGCUUUCCUGCAACUACUCUAUACCUUCAUUGUUCAGAUAAUUGGUGGCACCUCACACUAUGAUGCGCUUACAAGUUCAACUGCUUCUGGAGUAAGUUGUCUCGAUUUAAUGGUUGAUCAUGUGCUUCGUUUGUUUUGAAAACAUUGUGCCCCAUUUGGUUCUUUGUGGUCUACCGUGUUCGUUAUUCUUUUCUCCCUUCUUUAAUGAUAGUGGGACAUUAAAUUGAUGGAAUAGUUCUGUUUUCAGCAUUCAUUAGGACCAGAGAGUC